GAAAACAGUGAAUAUUCAUUCUUAUGCAUUUCUUUCUUUUUCUCCUUCCAUUUAUAACCAAGUUACUAUGUGGGCAAUAAAUGUUUAGUAUAUGGUUUUAUAUGUCUGUGAAACCACAGCAUGUUUGGUUCUGCAGAGAAAUGAAAAUUUAAGGUAUAUUCUGUUGAAAGAAAGUGCCUCAUCCUGUCUACAAUUAAACUAUGCUUUGGCUUUCAUCUCUAAUCCUUUUUCUUACAGUGUUCUUACAGUGUCAGUGUCAUCCUGUUCUUGAAUUCCAGCCCAAUUAUCAAGAUAAGACAAGUUUUGCAUUUAGCAGCAGAUCUUGAAGAUGUCUUUCGAUCUUCUUCCCUCUAGACAAUCUAAUCUCAGUUAGAUGGAAAUACAUAAAUUUCGAUGUUGAUUUGGAGCCCUACCCAACAAAAGAGUAUAUGCAAGGGAUUCAGUUGGUGAUUAUUUUUUAUUUUUAAACUUUAUACUAAUAAAAUAAAAUAGAAUGAACAAAAUAUACCACCAGUUUCUGUAAUGGCGGAAAGAUCGGCCUCAAGUUUAGGCCCACCGCUUCCAAUGGCAGAAAUCACGGUGCGUCCACAACCAACACAUCUUCUUCCUCCAAGCAGGUCCUCCUUCACGUGACCUCGAAAUCCAUAAAAAACCUAAUACAUCGCAAAUUACGAACACACAAAAACGAUUGUGUCAAAAAUCUAUCCGAUACGUCCUGCCAAUUUAUGAGUUUGUUGGCGUAAGUCAAAUUACCCAUGGCGAUGGCUUUCCGAACGGAGCUCGUUCUCCUGGCGGUGGCAUUAGCCGCCAUGGUUGCGGUGGCGCAUUCGACCAAAGGUCACGAGGCGGUCCACUUUGGGACGAAAUUUGACGUCGCCGGCCACGGCUUGCCAAUGGACCUCGACGGUGAUGAAUUUCUAAUGGAGUCGGAAUCAGCGCGGCGGCAGCUCGGAGGCGGCGGCGGAUACAUCAGCUACGGCGCAUUGAACAGGAACAAUGUGCCGUGCAACCAGCGAGGGCAGUCGUACUACAAUUGCCGUGACCACCAGACGGCCAAUCCCUACCAGCGCAGCUGCACCAGAGCCACCAGGUGCGCCAGAAAUACCCGCUGAAGCCGAUGAAAGAAAGACUCCACCCUACCCUCCACGUGCUCCUCACGUGCCCUUUCUUUUUCUUUUUCUUAUUUAUUUGUUGUUUUUUUCCCCAACUCCAAUCGUAUAUUUCUUCAUUCACAAAGUAUUAACAUCGUAUAUUUUAAUUUUAUUUAAUGCUGAAAACACAUACGUACAUUAAUACACACACAUUAUGCAAUCCAAUUUGUGUUUUAAUUAACAGCAAUCAAUUUUGUAUGAACUU